AAAUCAAAAUUCAAAAAAGUUGACGUGUCGCACACGAACAUUUGUUUAGUUACAUGUAAGAAGUACGAACGUUCCUCUUUCUUCAACUUCCGUCGUAUGCACUACCUGGCAUUCUGGCAAUUUUGUUUUCGAAGGCGGGAACUUCUCAACUUGCCCCUAAAUUCACCCCUUUCUCUCUCUUCUAGGGUUUAUGCGUCCUCUCAAUUCUCCCAAUUCAACUUGCAAUUUCACUGAAUACCAUGAUAUUCUAGGUUAUUUGUCGGUUAAUUGUCAGUUUUGAGCAAAUUGUGCAGCAUUUCUAUGAAAUUUCGAGCUCAAAAUUGAAGAAAUUAAAAUGAGUAGUCUUCGAAAAGGUUCAAAUGUCUGGGUUGAAGAUAAGGAGCUGGCUUGGAUUCCAGCUGAGGUGAUUGAUUUUAAUGGCAAACAAGUUCAAGUUCUUACUUCUUCCGGAAAAAAGGUUUUAUCUUCUCCAGAAAAUUUGCUUUUAAGGGAUCCAGAUGCGGAUCUUGGCGGAGUCGAUGACAUGACCAAAUUGACGUACUUGAAUGAGCCUGGAGUUCUAUAUAAUCUAGAGAGAAGAUAUGCAUUGGACAGCAUAUAUACUUACACCGGAAGCAUUUUGAUCGCUGUGAAUCCUUUCAUUAAACUUCCACAUCUUUAUAAUGCACACAUGAUGGAACAAUACAAGGGAGCGCCAUUUGGUGAGCUAGAUCCCCAUGUCUUUGCAGUAGCUGAUGCCGCGUAUAGAGCAAUGAUGAGUGAGCACAAGAGCCAGUCUAUAUUGGUCAGUGGAGAAAGUGGAGCCGGAAAAACGGAGACCACAAAAUUAAUCAUGCAGUAUCUUGCUUAUAUGGGUGGGCGUGCUUCUGGCAGUGAAAGAUCAGUUGAGCAGCAAGUUCUGGAAUCUAAUCCACUCUUGGAGGCAUUCGGUAAUGCAAGGACUGUGAGAAAUGAUAACUCAAGUCGUUUUGGCAAGUUUGUGGAGAUACAAUUUGAUGUAAAUGGUAGAAUAUCUGGUGCUGCAAUUAGGACCUACCUUUUAGAGCGGUCUCGUGUUGUUCAAAUUACGGAUCCUGAAAGGAACUAUCACUGUUUUUACCAACUCUGCGCAUCUCAAGAGGAUUCUGAGAAGUAUAAGCUGGAACAUCCAAGGCAAUUCCAUUAUUUAAAUCAAAGUAAGAUAUAUGAAUUAGAAGGGGUCAGCAAUAAAGAUGAAUACAUGAAAACCCGAAGGGCAAUGACUAUUGUUGGCAUAAGCGAGGAUGAACAGGAAGCAAUAUUUCGUGCAUUGGCUGCUAUUCUGCAUUUAGGUAAUGUAGAAUUUUCUCCUGGAAAAGAGCACGACUCCUCAAUAAUAAAGGACCAGAUAUCUGGCUUCCAUCUUCAGAUGGCCGCUGACCUCUUUAAGUGUGAUGUUAGUCUUUUGCUUUCAUCUCUUUGUACAAGAUCCAUUCAAACUCGUGAGGGCACCAUUGUUAAAGCUUUGGAUUGUAAUGCUGCUUUGGCUAGCCGUGAUGCUUUGGCUAAGACUGUUUAUUCUCGUUUGUUUGAUUGGCUGGUUGAGAAGAUGAAUAGUUCUAUUGGGCAAGAUCCAAAUUCUCGUGUACAAAUUGGACUCUUGGAUAUAUAUGGCUUUGAGUGCUUUAAGAAUAACAGUUUCGAGCAGUUCUGUAUCAAUUUUGCAAACGAAAAGCUCCAACAGCAUUUUAAUGAGCAUGUAUUUAAGAUGGAGCAGGAAGAGUAUAAUCGAGAAGAGAUUAAUUGGAGCUACAUUGAGUUUGUUGAUAAUCAGGAUGUUCUAGACUUGAUUGAGAAGAAACCAAUUGGGAUUAUUGCUCUUCUGGAUGAAGCUUGCAUGUUUCCAAAGUCGACACAUGAGACUUUUACAACCAAACUAUUCCAAAAUUUCCCGUCACACUCAAGGUUGGAGAAAGCAAGGUUCUCACGUACGGAUUUUACUGUGUCUCAUUAUGCUGGCAAGGUUACUUAUCAAACUGAAACAUUUCUUGAUAAAAACCGUGACUAUGUUGUUGUGGAGCACUGUCAUGUUUUAUCCUCCUCCAAGUGCCCAUUGAUUGCUGGUCUUUUUCCUUCUGUAUCUGAGGAGACAACACGAUCAUCUUACAAGUUUUCCUCUGUAUCCUCUAAAUUUAAGCAACAACUCCAAGCGUUGAUGGAGACUCUUAACUGUACGGAACCUCACUAUAUUCGUUGUAUCAAGCCAAACUCAUUAAAUCGACCUAAUAUUUUUGAGAAUCAGAGUAUAUUGCACCAAUUGCGCUGUGGGGGUGUUUUGGAGGCAGUACGGAUAAGUCUUGCUGGUUAUCCAACUCGGAGGACUUAUGCUGAGUUUGUGGAUCGGUUUGGACUUCUAGUGCCAGAAUAUAUAGAUGGAAGCUAUGACGAAAAGACCAUAACCCUUAAAAUCCUUCAGAAGUUGAAGCUUGAAAAUUUCCAAUUGGGGAAGUCAAAAGUCUUCCUUCGAGCUGGUCAGAUUGGCGUACUAGAUGCUCGAAGGACUGAGGUCUUAGAUUCUGCUGCCAGACAUGUACAGGGUCGUUUUAAAAUGUACAUAGCACGCAGAGAUUUCAUUUCCACUCGAGCUGCAGCAUUAUCGGUCCAAGCAUAUUGCAGAGGUUGCCUUGCUAGAAGAAUGUAUGCAGAAAAAAGAGAGACACUUGCUGCUAUCUUUUUGCAGAAGUAUGUGCGUGGAUGGCUAUCAAGAAUUGCCUACUUACAGCUGUACAGCUCAGCUAUUGUAAUUCAAUCUUGCAUACGUGGAUUCUCAGAUCGACAAAGGUUUUUGUUUGGAAAGGAAUAUAGAGCUGCAACCCUCAUUCAGGCUCACUGGAGGAUGUUCAAGGUUCAAUCAGCUUUCUGUCAACAUCAGAAAUCAAUUGUUUUUGUACAGAGUCUUUGGAGACGUAGAAUGGCAAGACGUAUACUCAAAAGGCUCAAGCAAGAAGCUAAUGAAGCUGGUGCUUUGCGUAUGGCAAAGACUAAACUUGAAAAGCAACUUGAAGAUCUGACUCUGAGGUUGCACUUGGAGAAGAGAUUACGGGUUUCAGUUGAAGAGACAAAAGUGGCUGAAAUAACAAAACGACAGAGGAUUAUAGAUGCUCUCAAUGUUGAGUUAAAGGAAGCUAAGUCACAUACUAUUAAACAGGGCAACAAGAAUGUGCAGCGUCAGAGUGACUUGGAGCUGUCAAUGAAAGAAAAAUAUGAGCUACAAAAGCAACUUCAGAACAUGGAAGAUUUCAAGAAGGAAAAUGCAAUUUUGAAGAGUUCUUUAGAAGACUUGGAGAGGAAGAAUUUAUUACUGGAGACUCAGCUGGCUAGUGCUCAGAAAGAGAAUAACCGGACCUUGCAAAAAUUACGUGAUGUUGAACAAAAUUGUGAACAACUGCAGCAGAAUUUGCAAAGUAUGGAGGACAAAUUGUCAAAUUCAGAAAAUGAAAAUCGUGUGUUAAGGCAAAAGGCACUGAACCUCUCCCCAAAGAGAAACCGUCCAGGUUUUGUGAAAUCAUUUUCUGAUAUGUACUCAAGUGCAAUGAGUCUUCCAUAUCUUGAAAAGAAGUCCAUCUAUGAGACACCCACGCCAACGAAACAUAACACAGUUCCUCAGGGACUAUCGGAAUCACGUUGGUCAAAACCGACUGUUGAAAGGCACCAGGAAAAUUGUGAGUUCCUCUCCAAAUGCAUCAAGGAAAAUAUGGGAUUUCAAGAUGAUAAACCUGUGGCUGCUUGUGUUAUUUAUAAAUGUCUUCUUCACUGGCAUGCCUUUGAGUCAGAGAGGACAACCAUAUUUGAUCAUAUUAUUGAGUGUAUUAACAAUGCUUUGAAGGUGGAAGAAGAGAAUGAAACAUUGGCCUAUUGGUUAUCUAAUACUUCAGCGCUUUUAUGCAUCCUACAAAGGUGUUUAAGAUCAAAUAGUUUCUUGAAUGCAGCCUCAAAUCGUGCUGCUGGGUCUGCUGGUCUAAGUGGAAGAUUUGCACAAGGUAUAAAGACACCCUUGAAGUUUAUUGGAUUUGAUGAUGGUGUAUCGCACGUUGAGGCAAGAUAUCCAGCAAUCCUGUUUAAGCAACAGUUAACAGCUUCCGUUGAGAAGAUAUUUGGCUUGAUUCGUGAUAAUUUGAAGAAAGAAAUAGCUCCAUUGUUAGGAGUUUGCAUACAGGCUCCAAAAGCUGCACGAGGUGGAAAGUCAUCCAGAUCGCCUGGUGGUGCACCACAGCAGCUGCCAAGUCAUCAAUGGGAUAGCAUCAUUCAAUUCUUGGAUUCCCUCAUGAAUCGUUUACAAAAAAAUCAUGUACCCUCCUUUUUUAUCCGCAAGCUAAUCACCCAGGUGUUCUCUUUUAUCAACAUGUCUCUUUUCAAUAGCCUUCUCCUACGACGUGAAUGCUGCACUUUUUCGAAUGGCGAGUAUGUAAAAUCUGGUUUAGCAGAACUAGAGAAAUGGAUUGCGAGUGUUACAGAGGAGUUUGCAGGGACUGCCUGGCAUGAGCUGAACUAUAUUAGGCAAGCUGUUGGUUUUCUGGUAAUACAUCAAAAGAGGAAGAAGUCUCUUGAAGAGAUUAAGCAGGAUUUAUGCCCGGCCUUAACAGUAAGACAAAUAUACAGAAUAAGCACUAUGUACUGGGAUGAUAAAUAUGGCACCCAAAGUGUCUCCAAUGAGGUUGUGGCGCAAAUGAGGGACAUGUUGAAUAAAGAUAGCCAGAAUCUAGCCACGAACUCAUUCUUGUUGGAUGAUGAUCUAAGCAUACCCUUUUCUACUGAAGAUAUUUCAAAAGCCAUCCCAGCUAUAGAACCAAUGGAUGUCAAAAUCCCAACAUGUUUAUCGGAUGUUCCUGCAGCAAAGUUCUUACUCGAAGACACUCCAGCAAUUUGUUCGACCCCUACGGCUGCUACUUGAGUAAGCUCAGCUGUGCACUUUCAGAGAUUUGGUUUUGCCAAUGCGUAGCACAUUACACCUAUUCUUUUAUGAGUUUGUACAUGAAUUUACAACAAGGAAAACACCUAGUCAGGAUAAAUCAUCACAGAACAAUGGUAAAUCAUUGGCAAAGCCCUAAAUGGGUAGUGGGAAGUAUCAACAUUUUUAGGGUGAUAAUUGGUUCUAAACUCAAGGUUGCCCUUAGUUUUUAUUAAUGGACAACCUUAUAAAUGAUGUAGCUACUAGUGUUCAUACACCAGAAGAUCACAAGUAAUUUACUUGUCAAUUUGUCUGUAUAUACAUAAACUGUAGGUAUUGCAGCGCGUUAGUUUGUAGAAGAAUAGGGUUAUGAUUCUACUGUGUAAAUAUUGAAAUCAGUGAUUCGCUUGGUAAUAAUGGAGCUUCAAUUCAGCUCCUGAUAUGCAUAAUGAGACAUUUGAUUAACUUACCAGCAUAUUGGAAGUAUUUUUUCUUUUUCUGGUGUAAA